AUGGAAUGUCUUCUGAUCCACAGUAAUUGUAAAGGUGCUGUCAUCUUCAUCAUCUAUCCCAAUUAUUGCUCCCUGAAAUUACAAAACACUACAGAAAAAAGAAAAAUGGCCCAAACUGGAAACAGUCGAGAGAACCCUAUCACAGGGCCUUAUAGGGCGACCAAACUGUGGAAUGAGGUGAUCUGUGCAUUUCGACAAGGUGUUCCUGCAGUUCGACAUCGUCGAUACAUGAAGACUUAUGAGAAGUGUUUCACUGCAACAGAAGCAGUGGACUGGUUGCACAAUUAUCUCAAAUCUAACUGCAACUUCGCAUCAGAAGUGACAAGGGGCCAGACACUACAACUUCUUCAAAAACUUCACCGAGCCCGUGUCAUAGAGGACGUUAGAGGAGUGAAACACAACCAACAAGACAUUUCUGAUAAUGGGAGGUUACUCAGAUGUAAAAUUCCAUCCCCUGCCAAGAUAAUCAGAACUCCCUUAAGGAUUAGAAAUGACAUCAUCAACACAACAGCAGCACCCUCUGUAGGACCAAUCAAAUUGGAUCUGGACCUCCAGUUAGAGCCACGCCCAGAUAUCCCAGAAUGCCAUAUUGUUGCCAAAGAACUCUCUGCCACUGAAACGGAAAACAUAUGGAAAAAUGUGACAUUAGACAGAUUACAGCAAGUAUUACACAUGGAGAAUCUAGAGGACAUUUUGGAUAGUAGUCUAGUGGUGGGAAAGAAUAUCCUCCAUAACUGUGUGUACAUCAACAAGAGUGGAAUAGUCACCAACAUUCCACAGAAAGAUCAGCUUCCACACUGGGCUCUGUCGGCUAUGAAGUGUCUGGCACAUUGGCCACAAAAAGUGGAUGACCUCCCCAGUUACCCUGGCUUUGAGCGUGAUGUUUUCCGGGUGGUUAAGGAGUACUUCUGCGGCCUUGAUGAACCACUGAUGACCUUUGAGAUGUAUGAGGUCAUCUUAAAUGUUUUCAUCGUGGCUGAUGGCUCGUAUCAGCUUCUUCCAACCAGCCCAACAUCUCCUGAUGCUAUGACCUCAUUCGAGUCCGUAGAAAACCUGCUGCUGGAUCUUACAAAUACAGGAACUGGGUCAUGUAGUGGUCCUCCAGAAAUGGACCACACCCCUCUAUGUAGAAAGAGGAGUGCCCCUUCUAUAGACCUCUCCCCUAUCCACCCCGUACCUGACCAUGAGAAAGUUACAAACUAUGAGACAGCAUUUGGACCAGAUAAUAGGACAGUGACUCGUGUUUAUUACAAAAACGGUGUAGCCAUGGACUACAGUAACUGUGAGGAAACUGAAGUGUUUGGUCCUAUUGAGACUCACUUUGAAAGUUCAGAACCUCUACAAGUGCCAAAGUUAACAGAGUGUCAGACGUACAACGUCAACUACGCUCAAAUAAGGCCAAUCACUAGGAGAAAAAGUGAUAGCAGAAAAAGUGGUGAAAAGAAAAGUGAAGCUUACAGGAGAAGGAGUUAUGGCCCUUCAUCUGUUUGGUUAGUGUCCUCACCAAGCUGUGGUGAUUGCACAGUUCAGCAGUCAUCUAGGUCGUACAAUGGAUAUAUCUCUAGUCAAUCUUCAUCUCAAGGAGAGGAAGGUGGAGACAAUGUACCAACAAGAACGGGAUUUCCCCGAUCCAAGUCCAGUGUCUCGCUGCAUACUUGUGCUCAUCAGGAUUUUCAGUCUCAGUUGUUGGCAGAGUGCCAGUUAGAGAGACAGCAGCAAAAAGUUUUUGAGAGCUGUGAGUCACUUCCAGGACGAAGUCUGAGUUUAUCAGACCUGAUGCAUGCUGGGACACUUCUGAAAUCAAAAUUAAAGAAGUCAAACACAGCCACUGAACUGUGUGAGGGGGAUCGAGAAGACAGGAUUAAAGACGCCUUACAGUUGGUCUGUCUGUUACUGCCCCCUGCUAACAGACGGAAACUCCACCUACUUCUCAAACUGAUGAGUCGGAUGUCGGAUAAUCCAAAGAUAGAACUGGAUGUCUGUCAAACGACUAGGACUCUAGUUUUGGAGACAUUUGCUUCCUGUAUACUGAGUUGCCAUGAUGACUCUGACCGUGAAGACUUACUGGUGAUGCAGAUUGUUUCCUUCCUGUCGGACCACUACAAUCACAUCCUGGCUGUCCCCGAGGAUCUGACCACAGUCGUACAAGAAAGACUCAGCGCCAACACCAAGACCCAGGUGAUGUAUUCUUCUGAUACAGCUGGUUUGACCUACUGUCACCAAGUGUCAAAGUCCGAGUACGAGACUCAACGUCUCAGUAACUCACAGCGAGCCCUCAGAGAUCUCCUGGAUGAGAUCAUCAGUGACCGAACCAUGUCCUACAAAGACAAGAAAAAGAGACUCAAAAUUUUCCAGAAAACUUACCCAGACAUUUAUGCUGAGAGGUUUCCACCACACAAUUCAAAAUCAGCUGUUACACUGAAUCAAAAACCAGGAACCACGAAACCAGUGACAUCACAGGACCCUAAGGCAGCAUUACCACCUAAACCUAAACUCAAACAACCAUUACUAAUUGCUGGAAGCCAUAUUGGUGUCUAUGAAGCUUACUAUAAACAGGCAGAUCCAAACAACACUGGGAGUAUAGGAGCUCUGGAUGCUGCCAGCUUUCUCAAAAAGUCCUCUCUGCCUGACACUGUACUCUCAAAGAUAUGGGAUCUCUCUGACCCCUCAGGAAAAGGAUACUUGGAGAAGACAGGGUUCUAUGUGGCCCUGAAGUUGGUAGCCCUGGCCCAGAACAAGAUAGAGCUCAGCAUAUCUAAACUGACAGAAAUGACAUCAGCACCAAAUCUGGGACCAGUGGAGACCCGUACCGAAUCUCCCCUGACUACCACCUCCUCAGCUACUCAUGUCACUAAUGUGCCAUGGUGCAUCACUGAUGCUGAGAAGGCCAAGUAUGAACCAGUGUAUAAAAGUCUGAACCCAGUGAACAAUCUACUGUCUGGUGAUAAGGUUAAACCUAUGCUGAUUAACUCUAAACUUCCUAUAGAGGUCCUGGGUAAAAUCUGGGACCUUAGUGACAUCGACAAAGACGGAUUUCUGGACAAAGAUGAGUUUUUUGUGUGCAUGCAUUUGGUUUACAAAGCCCUGGACAAGAACCCAGUGCCCCAAUCCUUGCCCCCUCAGCUAGUCCCACCCUCAAAGCGGACGAAAUCAGCCCCUAUUGGAGGAGUCCAAGUCCUGCCACCAAGGGGAGCCAGGGGAUCACCAAUCCAGAGGGCAGACUCCCCCGCACUGGCCAUUCAGUGGGUUGUGAACCCUGUGGACAAGAUGAAGUAUGACCAGAUGUUUAAGGCGGCUGAUGCAGACAUGGAUGGUUUUGUGUCAGGGGAGGAAAUCCGCGGUAUUUUUCUACAGAGUGGUCUCCCCAACACAACAUUGGCCCACAUCUGGACUCUGUGUGACACAAACAGUGUGGGGAAGAUAAACACGGAACAGUUCGCCCUGGCCAUGUACCUUGUACAACAGAAACUAAAGGGGGUAGAUCCUCCAGCCACCCUCACCCCAGAGAUGAUGCCCCCCUCCAUGCGACCCAAGGGGAAUGCUGACACCACACAGUUUGGUGUUACAGAUGGAGUGAAUGCCGGACCCUAUGGACAUGUGGCGGAUUCUUCAGCCAUCAAAGAACUGGACAUCAUCUCCAAGGAAAUUGAGGACAUGAAAAGAGAGAAGUUACAGUUGGAGAGAGACAAUGUCCAGACAGAAGCGGACAUUAAGAUUUGUAAUGGUGAGGUGGCCAUGUUACAGAAAGAACUGGACGCCAUUACAGCCACAUUACAACAGCUAGAGAAUCAGAAAGAACAGGCUCAAAAAUGUCUGGACGAACUGGACGAAAAGAAAUCUGACCUUGAGAGUAAUGUUCGUGAUCUAAAGGAAAAAUGUGACACAGAACUGAAAAGUAUUGAGGAGUUACGGUCACAAAUCAACAACAGGGAGCAGUCUGUGCAGAACCAAGAGAAAGAGCUGGAGAAAUUAAGAGUGGAACUAAAUUCACUGAGGGAGGAAGAAUCAAAGAUGGAACAGCAAGUGGAGGGUGGAAAACAACAACUAGAGUUGCUGGUCAAAUCACAAAAUGAUCUUCAGCUUCAAAUAUCACAGACUCGUCAGAGAGUACAGCAUUUAAAUGAUCAGGAGAGAGGCUUAAAACACAGCAUAGCCAGUUACAGCAGUGUUAACAGUGAGGUGUCUCAUAUCUUCUCCAACCAACUCCAGGACGAUCUUAGUACAAGGGCUACAUAUGGUAGCCCAGUCAGUACCAUAAGUAACUUCAGUGCAGGGUCAGCCUUAGAUGACUUUAAGGAGGACCCCUUUAAGAGUAAGGACAUGUUUGGGGGCGACACAGGUGGAGGAGGAUCUGACCCAUUUCAGAGUGAUGACCCAUUUAAAGAAGGUGGUGAUCCAUUCAAGUCAUCAUUUGGUUCCGAUCCAUUCUCCUCUGAUGAUCCAUUCAAAUCCACAGACACAUUCGAGAGUUCCUCUAAGUCUGGAAAGGAAGAUCCAUUUAAUAGUGUGGACCCAUUUGCAUCAUUUGGAGGUACAGAUAAUUCCAAACUAGAUGCUUUUGAUCCUUUUGGGAAAGGAGUAUCCAGCACAAAACCAAGUAAACCAGACAAUUUAUUUGGUGGUGACCCUUUUGCACCAAAAUCACCUUCUCGACCUUCUCUGGGACCCAAGUCACCAGCCCCAGCUUUGCCCCCCAAACAGAAGAAACAGCCUCCUCCAAGACCUGCCCCUCCCAAAAACAGACCCACUCCCAGCCCUAGUCAACAGCUUGGGGGUUUCGACAGUGAUCCAUUUGCAGGUAAUGACCCUUUCUCAAGCUCCACAGGAAGUAAUGCUGCCGCCUCAGAUGAUGCUUUUGCCAACUUUGCAGAUUUUAGUCCAAGCAAGUUUGAUGAUAAGGGAGCUUGGAGUUGAGAAGUCAAAAGUUAAAACAAGAGGGACCAUAACAUUCAGGUGUGGCCAGAGUUGGAGGAGUGUUCACUUUUAAGGGAGUGGUUUUGAGUGCUUCAUGAUUAGUUCUUCCUAUGACAUCACUACAAACCCUCACAACUGUUGUAGAACUAUUUAAUUGAUUGAUAUCAAAUAUAAACUGCUGAUUGCGAAUCUGUUAUGUACGAACAAUUAUUUACAACUUUGGUCAUUUUCUUGGCCCAAACAUUACAAAAUAUUAGGAGAAAGAACACGCAGGAGAUAUUUGAAUUACAUGUACAUUCCUUGAUGUCAGCCACUGUUCUGUCAUAAGGUGACCAAAAUUUUGUAAAGUGCAAUAUUCUAGUGAUAUAUUAGAAAUAUUAUUGUAUUUAUUUUUAAAAAUAAAAUAUAAACUAGCAUGACCUAGGUUUGUAUUGGUGUGUGAUGGCUGACCUCUGGUAGUGAAGUUUUCUUAUUUUACACCAGUCACUUGGAUAAACCACAAACUCAUCAAACUUGUGCAAUCAUAGUUUUAUCUGUAAUGUUUUUAGUUUUACAUGUAUGUAGUUAUUUAUAUAUAAAGUCUUGUCAAUAAAAUGUGCCAAUCAUUUAAAAAAA